CUUAGCGCGACUCGACUGUACUGGGAAGGUGGGCGAAGACAUAUUAGAUUAUUUUUGAUAUCCUCUAAUUUACGAGCAAUUGGACGUUAUGGGCAGCGUUUCCAACUUCGUGGUUUCGGAGCGUUUCCGCUGUUAUCGCCAACCUCGGCACGGGGAGCUCAUCCCCAAAAACCAUUGGAGACGGCAGGGGACAUAUAUAUACGCCAACCACCACACCCUAUUGGAUACCUUGCGCUCGUGGGACCAAAGCUACCCUGGAAAGAUCUGCGCCGUGGGAUCGCCGUUGUUCGCGUCAGCACCGCCAGCGCGCUGGCAUAACCAAUCCCGGAACUCCAGCAAUGCCUACUAUGCCACUCACCAGCUCCAACAUGUGCCGUUGCAUGACUAUGGCUUCUCCGCGGCAUUUGAAGCUUCGAGGUAGCAGCUGGCGAAGCUUAACGCAGGUGAACUCUGCGGCCCUUCCGCGCGCCGAAGGCAACGUGCCUAGCGCACGCCUCGCCCGCUGCCAGAAUCCCAAACGUGGAUAUGAACCCCCCAGGCAUUUCCUUGUUGGCAGCUAUGGCAGGAUAACUCCUAUCAAAUCCCUUCCACGGACAGGAACACGCCUCUACACCACCACCCCUACCGCCCUCAAACCCCAACACCCCCUCCCCGCCUCCUACUACCGCGGCGGCACCUCCCGCGCCCCCAUCCUGCACCUCUCCUCCCUCCCCGCACCCCCUCCCUCUGGCCCCCCCUCUUCCGCACCAUCCUUGGCUCCCCCGACCCCUUCGGUCGGCAACUCAACGGUCUCGGCGGCGGGAUCUCUUCGUUGUCUAAACUAUGUCUCGUCGGCCCCUCCGCGAGGGAGGGGGUAG